UGUCUCUCUGUGUGUAUCUCUCUCUCUCUCUCUCUCUCUCCUUAUCUCUUUCCAGAUGGUACUUUGGGAAGAUGAACCGGUUUGAAGCCCUGAGCCAAAUUCUUUCUCCAGAGAAUGGAGAGGGAGCCUUCCUCAUCCGUGUCAGUGAGAAAGGCAAGGUGGGCUACGUUCUCUCAGUCAAAGUCAGCAACCAAGCCAAGCACUUCAAGAUCUGUGAGGAGGAUGAUAGGUACUGGCUGGAACAGACCCAUUCCUUCAAAACCCUGAGAGACCUGGUGGAGUUCUACACCACACACUCACUGGGAUCUGUGGCCCGCCUGGGGGAGGCCUGUACCAGG